AGAUUCAAGGAAUCCAAACAACACUCAUGGUUCUUCUAGCUGGAAAUGGAGCCGUUGGCUCUGCGAUGAUGGACGGCGUCAUUGGCCUCGUCAAUCGCAUUCAGAGGGCCUGUACGGUCCUCGGUGACUACGGCGCCGAGAACGCAUUGCCCACUCUUUGGAGUUCCCUUCCCACCAUCAUCGUGGUCGGGGGUCAGGCUCGUUCUGGAAAGUCUUCAGUGUUGGAGGGUAUUGUGGGUAAGGAUUUUUUGCCAAGGGGAUCAGAAGAGUGG